GGGGAAUUGUGUUCACGCUUACUAAACUUUACUAAGUGACUGGGUAAGUGGACAUACACGCGUCUUGUAUUGUUUUAUUAAUUAAAUAAUGCCGAUGCAUUUUCUUGUUAUCUCUUUUAGUUUUAGUACAGCCGACUGUUGUCUUUGAGGUGCUGGUGAUUAUUUCCAAACUCAAACAUUCUAGAACUGGGUGAUUUUGAUAUGGUUGGUAACAAAUACAAACAAACCGAUUAAUCCCCCAAUUCCCCAAUGAAUGUAAUGUGUUGAAAUGAUGAAAUUUUAAAAAACUUUCUAAUUAAAGUUAAAGGUGUUUUUGUAAAUCUAGGGAACAUAGUCGCCAGUUUAGGUCGAUUCGGACUAUUUAUUUCGUCUUGUAAGUACAAGGCAUACACAAAUUAUUAUUUAAAAAAAUACAAGUCAACAAGUUAAACUUUAAUUUAACUGAACCAAUUAAACUCUAAUUAAUUGUUGCUGUAGAGUAUUAUUAGUAGAUUAAGAAUCAUAAGAUGGGUGGAAGAGGGGUGGUAACCGGGGUGGAGGUGGAAAAUCAGAUUUUGAUGAUGAAUUCGUCUUAAAUAAGUCCCAUGCCAUGGCCAUGGCUAUAAAUUGAUUAGGAAAGUGCUUAGGCUUAAUAUUAAACAAUGACAUAUCAUAUCAUCAUGAUAUUCAUAUGAAUCAUGAAAGAUAAUUAAUAAAGAAGUAGAAGUGGGUUUCCGUUAAAUAUACCUGGGAGAGCCGGCGGUAACGUAAAAUUAAAAUGCAAUAAAAUGCAAUCAAAGUAUUGCUAUAGUCUCUAAUUAUGCUAAUACCGGGACCGGAGAGGAAUAGGAGGAUGGGUCUACCAUGAAUAUGAUAAUGAUAAAUUUAAAUAAUUAUGAAUAUUUAAUAUUGAAAUACAAUUUCACUGACUGAUUUUCGCUAUGGCUACACUGUAGUAGUAGAGUAAUUCAGUAUUUCAAGGUAAAUAUAAAUAUCAUAUUUGAAAAGAAAUAGGCCUAUUUUUUCUAACGUUGCAUAAAUUUUUAUGAUCUGCAUUUUAUUUAUUUUAAAUGUGCCUUACUUUUAGAUGGACAUUAUCUGUUUGUAUUGAAAAUUGUAUAGCAGAAGCUUCAUUGUUUUAGUAAUUAUUAUAUAAAUACACUAGACUACAGAUUGAUACAUGGCUGUGUCCCUCACCAUAUAAGACACCCAAAACCCACUGCUUGAAAAUAUAUCAAUUUUUUCGAGGUUUAGAUUUCAAUCAAAUUAAAACCAUUAAUUUUAAUAUUUUAAUGACAUUAUUAAUAAAGCAUAAUGAAAAUUUGAAUAUCACAAGCAAAAUGAAGUAGACCUUAUCACUACUUUACCAUCACAUUUACUUACAUUUAAAUUUACUUGCAUAUUUAUUUAAUGGAAGAUAAUUAGAAAUACAAUUACUAUAUUGGGCACAAAUUAUAUUGAUUAUCAAAUUAAUUGAUAAGCAUAGAAACAAAUCUUUAACUUUCGUAUCAUCACUGUCAUUAUCUACAACUACAAUGAUUUUUGUUUAAAAAUAUAUUUAACAAAAGAAUAGAGAUACUUAUUGAUAUCAACAUGGAAAAGAAUAAUAGUUCAGGACUGGAACCAACAUUUAAAGAUAAAAACUUUGCAAACAACUUACAGGAGCAGUCAGAUGAGGUGAGCUCAUAUUAUAUAAUUAAAUUUGGUAUCUAUAAAAAUAAUAAUUUAAAAAAUUAAUUACGGGUCCUGGGACCCACUGUAUUAAUAAUUUUGUAUACAUUUCAAAAGUAAACUAACAAAUUAAAAUAAUACAAAAUUAAUAUGCUAUAAUGCCUUAGACAGGCUGAGACACGAUUUUUCUAGCUCAGCAAUUGCCAUAUGUUGUGUUGGUGUGUUAUUAGUCUUGUUUUUAUAUAUCAUAGAUCUGUUAUUACAUAUAUUUAUGCUUUUGGCUUAAGGCCUUUAAUUUUUUUAUGCCUUUUGUGUAUUAACAAUUACAGAGAUAUUGCCUUAGAUAAGAUUUGUCUUCAAGUAUUAAGUAAGUAGACAAUAAUAAAAAAAAAAUAUGUUUAAAAACCCUGAGGUGUAUUUGAACUUGUAUUGGAUGAAUCAGUUAACAUAAGCAUUAAAAAAAAAAAAAAUUGAAAAAAAAAACCCAAAAAAUUUAAAAGAAAGGCAAAAAAAAUUUAAAAUUUAAAUGAAGUCCUAAACCAAAAAAAAGAUUUGUCUUCAAGUAUUAAGUAAGUAGACAAAAAUAAAAAAAAAAUAUGUUUAAAAACCCUGAGGUGUAUUUGAACUUGUAUUGGAUGAAUCAGUUAACAUAAGCAUUAAAAAAAAAAAAAUUGAAAAAAAAAACCCAACAAAUUUAACAGAGAGGCAAAAAGAAUUUAAAAUUUAAAUGGAGUCCUAAACCAAAAACUCAGUUUGUUUGAUAUCAAUAGUCCUGAUGAGGAGUGAUUCAAAAUGCCCAUGUUUCAGUUAGCACAAUUUUAUAUUUCAGAUCACAGCUUUGCAGUCUAUUUUCAAUGCAGAGGAUAAAGAGAAAUUUAAAGUAUUAGCUACAGUGGACAGUGAUAAUAAUGGCCUGUUUGUGAUGCUUGUGAGUUUGUUUUAAAAUCAGAAUUUGAUACAUUGAUUAGUUAUGAAAUUUUAAUUCAUUUAAACUUUGAUUUGAUCUGUCUAUUUGGAAUGACAUUUCUUUGGAAAAAUAGGAACAACAAAAUAAAUGAGAAAAUAAUAGGAUGUUAUGCAGCAUCUAUUUUUCAAAUUAAUUUAUGAUAUGACCUAUCUCAUGCAACCUGCUUGUUUGGUUUUUAAAAAAAAAUAUGCUUCAGAUCAUACCCAUCCAAAAUUAAGCACCAAAAUUUGUGUCCCAUACAUUGAGUAUCUUCUAUUGCUCAGGUAGAUGUUUGCCCACUGCCUGUGUGUGAUGCUGUACACAUAGAAGUUGCCUUGCCUGUAGAGCAAGAGAAUGAGAUGGCUGCUGCUGCAUCUAAAGCUGAACCCCCUAACUUGUCAUAUGACAUCCAGUUUAGUAGAUCAUCUUCAGGUCAGGUUUUUGUUGUUUUGUUAUUGUUGUUUAAUAAAUAUCUUUUUUUUUUCUUCUUUUUUUGUUGUUGCUGUCAUUUUAAAAAAAUCAAAAUUCAUUACCAUAAUGGUUUUAUUAACUUCCACACCAGAUCUGCUAUGAAGAUUCCACCUUUUAAAUUAUUCUCUACAAGAAAUUAAGGAAACACAUUUAAAAAUAAUAAUUUGUGUCAUUUUGUUUAUCAGGAAAUUGUAUGUAUUAUAUAUAUAUAUUUAUAUACAUCUUCUUUUUUUUUUUAAAAUAAACUCUCUCUCACUCUCCGGUUUACAGGUCAAAAUUGGAAGGGAUCAUUCAAUGUGAAAUAUUUAUCACCCUUAAAUCUCUUCAUGACAUUCCCACCCUCCUAUCCAUCAUCAGACCCACCCAAAUUUCAACUCAGCUGUCCCUGGUUGAGUCAGGCACAGUUAGAGAGCUUGCAUCAAGCUUUAGACAAGCUCUGGGAUGAAGGCAACCAAAUGCCUAUAGUGUACACCUGGAUAAACUGGCUGGAGAAUAGCUUACUCAGGUACAUUUUAUACUGAUGCACUACGGUCUUGCCUCAUAGCAUUAAUAAAAUUCCUACGUCAUCUCCAUAACAUGCAGAGGUUUUCAAUAAUGAGAAAAAUGACUAUUUGUGAUGAGAUUUUUUAAGUACAGUUGAAAACUUCCAUAUCACAUAAUAUUGAAAAUGUUCUAUAGUUCAUGUUGUUUUUUGCAAUGAAAAUCAUUAGUAAAAUAUAGGCCAACAUUAAUAUAAAAGAUGCUCAACAACGACAUGUAUAAUGCCCAUUUCUUAAUUCUUAUGGAAUUUUUAAAAACUAUUUUGACAUUUCUUAAAUUAAAAAAAAAAAAAAAAUUCUCUUUGGUCAGUCAUUUAGGAAUCAGUGAUCAUUUGAUCUUGAGGCUGUCGCUUUCAGAUGAUGAUGUAAACACAAAAGUUGAUGAGGUUUUUCCUUGGCAGGAACAUAUUGGUCAAAUCAUUGCCUCCAUGAAAAGGUCUGUGUCUGCAGUUACAAAGUAAAACAAAAAAAUGGUGUUUUAUAAUUUUUUUAAAGCUAGUUUUAUAUUAUACAAAGAGGGCUUAGAUCAUUUUUCAAAAAACUUUUAGAAUGUCUUGAACAUUUUUAUUUCUGUGUUUCAGUACCAUGAUCUGGUGUUCAUGACAGUCAAAUAAAUAUGAACAAAUUAGAUUGUUUUUAGUGUUUUUUAUUUUUCACCAAUUGAGCAUAUUUACAAUUAGUUACAAAGUUUUGGACAACGAUAAAAUUUUGACAAAGAUAGAAUUUUGACUAUAAUAAAUUUCAACUCCCAGAUAUAACCAAGAGCAACUGGACAUUGAAUUUUGUCAAAACAUACAUGAGUGCCAACUGUGUUAUGAUAAAAAGCCUGGUGUGCAGUUUUUUCGUAUCCAUGAAUGUCCCCAUAUCUUCUGUCAUGACUGCAUGAAAGAGUUUUGUGAGUUACAUGUCAGAGAUGGAACGGUGGAGGCACUUAGGUAGGUCAAAUAAGAUUUUAACCAGGGAUGCAUCAGAACAUUAUCCUUUUUUUGACUCUGAAUAAAAGAUUAAAAUUUGUCACACUCCAAUUAUAGCUGGGAUUCUUAACCAAGGUUGCAUGCAACCCCUGAGAGUGUUAGAGACAGUGUUAGGGGGUGGGAGAAGACCCAGACAAUCAGGUUUAUUUGCAUUUUUAUUGUAAUUUGUUAUCGUAGGACAGCGUGAAAUGAUUUGAAAUCAAGAGGUGAUGGGGCACUGCAAAUAAAGUUAAGCACCACUGAAAUAAAACAGACUCCUAGGAACUAGAAUAGUCAUGUAUGAAGAUAUUUUAGUUUUGUGUUUUCUUUGACCCAGGAGUUCAUUUUCAUGAUAAAAUGAAAAAAGACAUAUAUAAUUUAUAUAUAUAUUCUUUUUUAGCAAUGCAGCCAAAAAUAGCAGUUGGUCUUUUUUCAAAGAUUUUUCUUUCAUAACUUUUUUAUUUGUAUAUUUAUUAAAGAAAGGUAAAAACUUAAUUUGUAAAAAAAAAAAUUUUUGAAAAACAGUUGCAUAGAUAGAGUUAGUACAGCCCGGAGCGGGCCAUGAUUUUUUGCCACCCCCUUUAUGAGAAAAAUGAGCAGUUGACCAACAUUGGAAAACUGUGACAACCAGGCCGAAACGUCCCAUCUGCACCCACCCCCCUCAACCCUUCUUAUGCCACUGUAUUUAUGUAAGACCUUUUGGCAUAAUAUAGUAGAAAAGAGCAAUAGUCAAGUAUAUCUGAUAUAAGCAUUUUUUAAAAGACCAGUUGAAAUUGGAACCCCAGGCAUUACAUUUAGCUGUCCAAUGUUUGAAAACUGUAUAACUGUCCUCUGUUUGGAUUGAGUUUGACUUUCCUCUGUUUGCAUACUGCAUAACUGUCCUCUGUUUGGAUUGAGUUUGACUGUCCACUGUUUGCAUACUGUAUAACUGUCCUCUGUUUGCAUACUGAAUAACUGUCCUCUGUUUGGAUUGAGUUUGACUGUCCUCUUUUUGUCUCUUUUACCUCACCAUCCAGCCAUCCUAAUAAUAAAUUUUAAUUUCAUUUGUUUUACUUUCAGGUGUCCUGAUAGGGGAUGUAACUCUUUGAUUCCACCUUACAUUGUCCAGGCUGUCUUGAGCUCUCAAGCAUACAAAAGAUGGGAGAAACUUUUGCUGCAGGUAAUAAUAAAUUAUUUUACCUAUAACAAUAAGGAUCUUAAAUGAAAUUUAGUUUAUGCUCAGACUAGAAUAAACAAUUGUCAAAAUUAAUUAAACCUCAUGAACAAAGUAUGCUGUGCAUGACAAUAGGCCGGACAUGCAGAGACAAUUUUCAUGUAUUAUUUUAAGUAGUAUUUUAGCUUUAGAGUUUACGCAUCAUGUAAUUCACUUUAAAACAUGGUAAAUUGCUUAACUCCCCAAUUUUUUAGUUUUUUUUACUCGUGCAGAAUGACAGGAGUUUAACAGGUACUUACUGGCAUGCCAUUCUUAAAAGUUUGGAGUUAAAUUUGACAAUAUUGAUGUGUUUCUAUCAUUUUUUUUUUUUCUGUUUGGGUACUUACACAGACCUAAGUUUUUAAAAAUAAUUAUCUUUAACUUCUAUCAAAAUUAUUUCUCAUUUAACACAUUUAACAAUCAUUAGUUACAUCAUCAAGUGUCAUUGUUGACAGAGGGGCAAUCCAUUUAUGAUGUCACACUAUUUUGGCAGAUUUUUUUUAACCGUCACCCUCCCUUUUCCUAUCUUCAAAAAUUUUUUCAUAAAAUAUUGAAAUCCUCAUGGAAAGACAAAACACUACCCCUUUCCACCAGAUGCACGACAUCAUUUAUAGAUGACCCACUUUUUGUUUGGUUUUCUAAGUCCAAUUUUUGAUGUUACUUUGGAGUUACUUUGGUUCACUUUAAAUUACAUGAAAAAAAAAAAUUUCAAUUGUCUGUGAUCUCAUUGGCUAAAAUAAUAUUGCAUUUUUGCAUCAGCAAUGCCCACUAUAACAUGCUCUCUUUCUUGUUGAAUUCAUUUUAUUCAUCGUUUCAUACUUCUGAUUAGUAUUUGUGUAAGGUCCUUUUCUCAGUGCCAUCAUAACUUUAACGUUGUAAAGUAAUUAAAAAAUAUAUCCUUUUUUGCUUCACAUUUUGAAUAUAAAAUGUAAAAAAAUAAAACAUUGUUAAUGAAAAAUUUCCAUGCAAAUUGAGCUUACUGAAUAACCAUAAUUAUUGAACUGUUGACAGCCGUUAUCACUUGUAAAUUAUUUUAAAUUUGAGAAUUGUUAAUUCUUAUCAUCACAGCCAUUACUUUUGCCUUUCAGAAAACCCUUGAUGCCAUGUCCGACACUGUGUACUGCCCACGAUGCACCAGUUUGGUUAUUGCUGAGGCUGAGGAGGAGCUACAUCUUGCUCACUGUACCGUGUGCUACUAUGCUUUCUGCACUGAAUGUGAGCGCAGCUGGCACCAGGUUAGUCAAAGUCAAAACUGCAUCACAUAUAAUCAUUUGUGUUUUCCUUGAACCACGAGUCCACUUUCAUAAUGAAAUGAAAAAAAGACAUGCAUAAAGUCAAUGCUGCAUCAUAAAAUGGUUUGAUUUAAUGCUCAAGCUAUUUUUAAGUUAAUGAAAAGAUAAGUAAAAGAUAUGAUUUUCUGCUUAAAGGACUUUUUACUUUGUCUCAGAACUAUUGUGUAUCACCUGUCAACAGUGAUGCCCAUACUUGAGUUGAGGAGAUUUAGGGUUAAGUCCAUGGGGGAUUCUAUGGCAUGUUUUCUUGACCUUAAAGAUGAUACAUAUAAAUAGCUAAAACUGCAGAUGGGCCCAAAAAAGAACAAUAAGCUAUGCAUCUAUGUAUUGGUUGUUUUUUUGUUGGUUAAUCAUUAAAUAAAUAUUUCAUGCAGUUCUUGUCAAUGGAAAACUGUCACUUCACAACUACGUCAAUUUCAAAAAUACAUUAACAACAAUAUGACAAUACGAUAGGAUAUUUGAGAAUAUAAGAAGUUUUUAACAGCAGUUGUAAGCCUGUGGCAAUAGUCACCCUGUGUUGUCAGAAAUUGGGACUCAAAAUAAACUGGAGUUGUUGUUUUUUCAAUGCAUCAUACUAAGAAAACUUAUGUUCUUAUUUUAAGUUAUAUAAUGAAAUGAAAUCCAAAUGAAAGAGCAACAAAAAGAAAGAAGCCCAAACACUCCCACUCCCAGAACCCCACACUCCCACUCCCAGAAGCCCACACUUCCACUCCAGAAGCCCACACUCCCACUCCCAGAAGCCCACACUCCCACUCCCAGAAGCCCACACUCCCACUCCACCCUAACUUCUAGAAUAAAACAUUUUAAACACCUCCUAAGUUUCCAAAAAAAUGUGUUUCUCUGCCCAGGGCAGGCAGUGUCAAACAGAUGAUGAGGUUUUGGAAAAUCUCCAGCAACAGCAGCAAGGAAGGAAUGCCCUCUCAGAGGCCGAACAGAAUAGGUUCCUAGAGCUCAGGAGGAAAUUAGAGGAGGAAAAAGAAGCAAAGAACUUGAUUAAAGCCAGGAUGAAAACAUGCCCCAUUUGUAAAAUUAAAAUAGAGAAAAUUGGAGGGUAAGCUCAGCUGUCUUUAAACCACAUGGGCUUCUCAUGUAGUUAUCUAAAGCAAAACAUAAUGUUGCAGUUAAAAAAAAAGACUUGCCUUUAGCCCGCUUCUUCUUACUCUAUAUAUUAAGAGGCCAUGAUCAAUAUUUUGAUCAUUCUGGCUCCUAUGUAUGUAGAGGAAUUUGUAAUUUUUCAUUACCAUCUAGGCCAGGGGGACAGCAAACUUUGCUUUAAAGGGGCAAAGAGUAAAUAUGACAAGAUGGCUGUAACACAUCUACUCUGACAUGGCGUGGGAGCUUAUUUCUUAUGCUGUGGGUUAUGUCAGUAGUAUGGUUACUUAUGUUAUGUUGAUAUUUCAGGAUGCCGACUAAGGCUUCUUCAUUCUUCCACUUAUAAUCCGGGCACGCAAAUAAGAAUACUGAAUCCUGGUUAAACUUACAGUACUUUAUUGAACACACUUUAUAUUGAUAAUAUUAAUAAAUAAUCCUUGCAUGAAUGUAAUUUCACAUAUAUAUCUAUAGUAUUCCAUCAUUAAGAAAGACACGUCCUCACACUACUGUCAACUCAGCUCAACUGUCUAAUCACACCGCUCUCACGCUACUAUUCUAUACUGCUCUGCGCUCAGCUCUCACUAUCUCAGUCAACUCAUACUUUAUUACCAGCAAAGCGUGGAAAACAACCGCUCUGACAAAAACAUAAUUUUACUCUCCAAAAACGUGGAGUUCACAUUUGCAUCUCAAAAUACAUGGUCAACACAAUUCACUGUUCACUCAUGCUACCUCUCUGUUUUCAUGUGAAAACAUUGUCCGUUACAAUGGCUUAAUUUGGUGGGCAGACUAAAAAAAAACCCAGUUUAUCUGUGGUUCUUUAAUAAAAUUACCAUUAAAAGUUUUUUUAAAAAAGAUACAGGCAUCUUAAAAUUGGACCCUUAAAAAUCACAGUUAUCACGUUGGACUAUCAGAGUCAACAUGCCAAAUUUAAGCGGGGCUAAGGGUGGGUCUCAACAAGGAAACGCCUGCAGUAGCUUAUUCUAAAUUCUAUGCCUUGAAUGAGAGGAAGUGCCAUUCUUAAAAAGUAUUUGCAUGUUUAUUCUACUUCCAGCUGCAACAAAAUCACUUGCAAGUGUGGCAAUUUCUUCUGCUGGAUCUGUGGCAAGCAAAUUCAUGGCUACUCACAUUUUCAAAGUGGCUCCUGUAAUCUUUUCCCCAACAUUGAGACUGCAGCAGCUGAUGUGCCAGCCAGGCUACCUCCUGAUGUGAGUGUAACUUAGGCACCCUUCAGAAUUUUCUUACAUCCUUGCCCCCCUACUUCAUCAGAUUCAGCAUUAAAUCCAUUUUAGCUAUGGAUACCAAAUUCUACUUGGGAUAAACUAUUUAUAAACUAUUGAAGAUCUUGUAGUUUGUUUCAGAUUGGGGAUAUUUACCUAAGGCCUUUGCAUUAUAUAAUUACCUACUGAAAGAUAAUAUAUAAAUGAUAUUCAUGAUCAUGAUCACCCAAACUGUUGAAUAAAAUUAUUAUUUUUUAUACCCCCUUUGCGCUUAAGAUAUUUUCGUAUAAUCUAAAUAACUUUGAUAGCUUUGUAUCUUAGUAGGAUAACUUAUUUAUCAGCACUAGAGUAUUUAGAUUUUUUUGUUUGUUUGUUUUUUUUUUAAAUUUUUUUUAGAAAUGUCAGUGAAAGUGAAAUCAGUAAUAUUUUUUUAAUAAACAAAAUAUUUUAUAUUAAAUUUCUCCCUUAUUUAAAUUGAAAUCAAAUUUUUUUUUUUUUUGUAUGUUAACCCCAAUAAUUAAGACAUGCUAAGGUUCUCAAACAGUCAAAAAUUUAUUCCUUUAACAUAUUGAUCAAGACUCUUUCCCAUUUUUUCAUUAUGUUAUUAUCUGACGAGCUCCAGACCCAACUUCAACUCCCCAUUUCUUGCCAAUGUGUUUUUAAUAUAUCAAAAGAAAAUCUUUUUCAAGAUUUAUAGUUUCACAUAUUUUAGUUCUUGGUUGUUUGGGAUUGCAAAUGCAAAAAAAAUAAUCUGUCAUUAUGAAAAUAGUUAGAGAAAGAAAAUUGUCUAAAAACAUGGUUUAUCCCUGUGUAUAUUUACAGAACUUUAGAAUGAGUUUGGUGGGAAGAGGAGGUAGCAAACAAACAUUGUGGGUGACCUUUCUUUUGAGUUAUGUUUCCUUUUUGAGGGCACAGAAUUUAACAGAGACUCUAUGUACAACCAGAAAAAGAAACAGAUGCCCCUGAACAUGGUCAGCGGGUAGCCAGCCCUGGUCCCUUUCUAUUUACGUAACCUUAACUUUUCAAUGUGUUCACCUAGUGUUUAUCUUGGCAGGAGGAAGUUAGGUCUAGGAAGUUAAAUGCUUGGUUAAAUACAUGUUGUCUUGACUGGUCAGUGUUGUGCACACCGAUGGGCCUUAGAAUAACUUAAUAUGCAUAUUUAAAUUGAUGUUUAUGUGAGAAUAGAGAAAGUUGGAGAGACAAGUUGGAAGAGAUUCGAGAUUGCAGACUGUUUAGACUAGACUCCCUAGAGAGAGAUGAGAUGAGAUAGGAGAGGUGUGCGAGUAGUUGACAGAAUCUUCCUCAUGAUGUUGUUUUUAUGUAAAAGAAAGUUUAAUUGGACAUGUGCUGUCAUCAAGCAAAGAUAUGAAAUUGGGAAGUAAUAUUUCCCUCACAAUAUUUAUAUUAUUUCUUUUCAUCAGGCUCUGCUUCGCAUACAGGCGCAGCUGGAAGUGAACCCAGACCUGGCAAACAGACGCUGCUACUGCCCCAUGUGCAAACAGGUCAGCCUCAAAGGCAGAGACAACAACAACCACAUCAAGUGCUGGAACUGUAAGACCAACUUCUGCUUCCUCUGUAGGCAGAGGAUCACAGGCAGUGUCCCCAUCCAUUACUCUGGACCUUGUGUUCAGCACUCCUAGCAUCGUUAGGAUCACUUAGAGCAAUCUGAAUAUUAUAUAUUGGUAUUUGACUCUUAGAUAUUGAAUUAUUUCCAUAAAUCAAGACCUGUAUGACAGGAUCUCUUACAACAAAUUACCUCCCCAUAAUUUUUGUUUGAGCACAAAAAAGCUUCAAAAGGGCAAGGUAAAAUAAUACCUGCACCAAGUAAAUUUGCCCACAUUUGAAUUUUAAUGAAAAAUAUUUAUAUCUUGGCUGAAUGCUAAGUCUAUAAAAUCAGAACUUGAAAUUGUAUGCAAUUUAAAACAGUGUGGAUAUGAAAUUAAAUAUGUGAUUAGGUUAUUUUAUAUCAUCUUCUUCUUUAUGCCAGAAUAUUGAAUUUUUAAAAAAAACACUGGGUCAUUGUGAUAAACCAGCCUCUUUUGGUUGAUGUUUUUUUGUUUGGUUGAGCCAUAUUUUUUUAUUAAUCACCCAAGUUUAAAACAAAAGCUGUGGGAACAAAAUUACUUGUGAUGAAAGUGUGUUUAAAUAUUCAAUGAGGUAAUUGGAAGAGAGUGGUUUCUUGCCUCUCCUUUUCAAUGGCUGUCAACAAACUGAUGUUUAAAAUAUGUUUUAUAAGUUUUUAAUUCAAAUUUCCAUUCAUUUCUUUUCCCAUCAAAAUCGAGGCCUUCCUGUUGGCUUUAUUUUCGGUCACCAUGAUUUAGCUUUUUUCAUGUAAUGAAAUUUAAGCUGUGACCGAUGCAAAAAAACAUAUCUCGCUGACAUCAACUAUUUAAAACGUGUAGGUAUUAGUUAGUAUUAAGUAUUAUGCAAUUUAAAAAUUAUUUAUUUUGUGAAAUGUCUUGAGAUCAGUUUUACAGAUUCUACAGUUUCCUUUUAGUGAUGGUUUGGCAAAUAUUGUAUGCAAGUGAGUGAGGUGAGAAACAAAUGUUUAUUGCUGUACAACUUGAGAUGAAAAUUAAUGAAUCUGGAAAUAUUUUUUAAUAUAUAUAUAUAUAUAUAUAUAUAUAUAUAUAUAUAUAAUAUUUAUAAAUAGCCUGAAUGACAACUGUACUUGUAAGCAAUAUAAAAAUAAAAC